AUGUCGUAUGGCAUCGAAACGGCGCAUCUUAAUAACAACCAUGAAAAUUCGACAGAAAUUCCUCUCGCUGAUGAUGAAGCGCAAGAAUUCAACGAAAACUUACUAGAGGGUCAUAUGAAGCCGGCGUUUCCGUUACCAAAAUCUGUUACCGAUUCGGAAGAUGAUUCGGCUGAAAGCCAGGAGGAAAAGGCCCGUUUGAUCUCGCAAGUGUUGGAACUUCAAAACACGCUAGACGAUCUUUCUCAGAGAGUCGACAGCGUGAAGGAGGAAAGCCUGAAGCUGAGGUCUGAAAAUCAGGUUCUUGGCCAAUAUAUUGAAAACCUCAUGGCAGCUAGCGCUGUCUUUCAGCCGGCGUCACCUAGGUCAAAGUCGAAAAAGUAG